AUGGCUUCCCGGUUGCUAGCCGCCGCGUCCCGCGCGGCUCGUUCCGCGUCCGGCCGCAGAUCUGGCUCGAUCGCCCCUUUCCGCGCAUUCUCCGCGCAAGCAGCCCCCGCAGCCGUGCAGAUAGUGGACGAGGACCGAUUCGCGCGCUAUAACUCGCCGAUCCCCAUAACCGUCGAUCACAGCGCGGCCCUCGGGCUUAUCCCGGCGACACGUGUCACGACCUUAUCCAACGGCCUUCGCGUCGCUAGCGAGGCGAACCCGAACCCGAACGCGCCGAAGACGGCCACGAUCGGCGUGUGGAUCGACGCGGGGAGCCGGUACGAGAGCGAAGCUACUAACGGAACCGCGCAUUUUCUGGAGCAUAUGAUUUUUAAGGGGACUAAGAGACGGUCGGUGCAGCAGCUGGAGAUGGAGGUUGAGAAUGCCGGAGGACAUCUUAACGCGUACACGUCGCGCGAGAUGACGACGUAUUACGCGAAGGUGGUGCAGAAGGAUAUCCCCGUCGCAGUAGAUCUGCUCGGAGACAUUCUGCAGAAUUCGCUUUUUAGCGAGGAUGCGGUGGACCGCGAGCGCGGAGUCAUUUUGCGGGAAAUGCAGGAGAUCGAGAAGCAGGUGGAGGAGGUGCUGUUCGACCAUCUGCACGCCACGGCGUUCCAGUUCAGCCCGCUGGGGCGCACCAUUCUGGGCUCCGCGGACAACGUGCGCGCCAUUACGCGCAACGAUCUCGAGAAGUACAUCGCCACGCACUACACCGGGCCCAGGAUGGUGGUGUCGGCAGCAGGAGCGGUGGAUCACGACGCGCUGGUGAAGAUGGUGGAGAAGACCUUCGCCUCGCUGCCUGCUGCCAGCACCACCACUGUCGCGGACCUCAUUGCCAAGGAGCCCUCCAAGUUCACAGGUUCUGAGGUGCGCAUCCGUGAUGACGACAUGCCGCUGACCAACUUCGCCAUCGCCUACAAGGGCGCCAGCUGGACGGACCCGGAUGCCGUGGCGCUGCAGAUCAUGCAGACCAUGCUGGGGUCGUGGAGCCGCGGUGCUGGUGGGGGGAAUGCUCUGGGGUCGGAGUUGGCACAGAAGGUGGCGGCCAACAGCCUGUGUGAGCGAUUCAUGGCGUUCAACACCAACUACUCUGACACGGGGUUGUUUGGCGUCUAUGCCUGCGCCAAGCCCGACCAUCUGGACGACCUCGCGUGGGCCAUGAUGCAUGAGAUCACCCGCCUCGUGUACCGCGUGUCUGAUGACGACGUCACCCGCGCUGGCAACGCACUCAAGGCAUCCCUUGCUCUGCAUCUGGACGGCUCAAGCGCAGUGGCGGAGGACAUCGGGCGGCAGCUGAUCACGUACGGGCGGCGCAUCCCGCUGGCUGAGAUGUUUGCCCGCAUCGAUGCCGUGGAUGCUGAGACGGUGAAGCGCGUUGCAGAGCGGUUCCUGAUGGACAGGGAUGUGGCGGUGGCAGCCAUCGGCCCGACGCAGUUCCUCCCAGAUUACAACUGGCUGCGCCGCCGCACUUUCUGGCUGCGAUAUUAA